UUGCAUUGUUGCCUCAGGAAUGUUUUGAUGCUGUGUCUGGACAAUGUUUGGUUAGAUUGUAUUAAUGUUUGGAUAAAACUAUCAAAUGCACACUUUGCCCUAAGACCUUUAUGGGAACCUGAAUUGAAUUUGAUUUAUUAUUUUGUUGAUUCAGUUCUGACAUUAUGUUUCCUAACUCUGUGUUGCAUUGUUUGAUUUCAGAUUCUCCCUCAGAAGAACCUUCCUUCCUUCGUCAGUUUUGAUUAGCAUCAGGAUUUUGCUAAAUGCAUGUUGUUUAAUGGUACUACAUGGAACAUUACCAAUAGCAACUCUUAAGCAUAUGAGACAACAGUGAAUUACUGUAUGCGUAUUUAACAAAUUUAAACAACAAGUAAAAUUUGUGUUGAAUAUUAGGUUCAUACAUCAGCAGUGAAAUCUGUUUGUAGUCCUUCAAGAUAUUGUACUUAACUUUUUAACAGAUUUAUUCAGUAAUUAUUUGUAAACAAUUUUAUGUUAAGAGUUGUGAAUUGAACACAUUGUCAUUACAGAACAGGACAGGACAUAAGGCUAAAAUGAAUCCAAAACAUUCUUUAGAAUUUCCUUUGAAAAGUGAAAGUGAAGGUGCAUUAUCACAACCUUCCAAAAAUCAAGAAAACAUCAACAUGGCUGCCUUUAGUGGAACCAGUGAUGGAGACUUUUUGUCUCUGGAUCCAUUGAUGGACAUCAAAAUAGAGCCAGAGGAAUUCUGUGAGUCUAAUGAAGAUGAUGAAUAUUCAUAUGAAAUGAAUUCAAUAGUGAAUGAAAAACAUCAACAAACUUGCAAAAAGGAUGUAAAACAAGAAAGAAGGGUCCGUGACAAUGGAGAGAAGCCUUUCAUAUCCAAUGACUGUGAGAAAGCAAUUUACAAGAAAGUUAAUCUUACAAAAAAUAUCACAAAUCCUACCAGAGAGAAAUUCAUAUGCAAUGACUGUGGGAAAGCAUUUUCCUUGAAACGUAAUCUUAUAGUUCAUAUGAAAAUCCAUACUAGAAAGAAGCCAUUUAUGUGCAAGGAAUGUGGGAAAGCAUUUUCCCAUAAACUAAGUCUUAAAGUUCAUAUGAGAUUACAUACUGGAGAAAAGCCAUUCAUUUGCAAGGAAUGUGGGAAAGCAUUUUCCCAUAAACUAAGUCUUAAAGUUCAUAUGAGAUUGCAUACUGGAGAAAAGCCAUUCAUUUGCAAGGAAUGUGGGAAACCAUUUUCCCAGAAACCACAUCUUACAAUUCAUAUGAGAACCCACACUGGAGAGAAGCCAUUCGUGUGCAAGGAAUGUGGGAAAGCAUUUCCCAGGAAAGAUCGUCUUACAAUUCAUAUGAGAAUCCACACUGGAGAAAAUCCAUUCUUAUGCAACGAAUGUGGAAAAGCAUUUUCCCAGAAACAAAGUCUUAAACUUCAUAUGAGAUUACAUACUGGAGAAAAACCAUUCAUUUGCAAAGAAUGUGGAAAAGCAUUUUCCCAGAAACAAAGUCUUAAACUUCAUAUGAGAUUACAUACUGGAGAAAAACCAUUCAUUUGCAAGGAAUGUGGAAAAGCAUUUUCCCAUGAACUAAGUCUUAAAGUUCAUAUGAGAAUACAUACUGGAGAAAAACCAUUCAUUUGCAAGGAAUGUGGGAAGGCAUUUUCCCAGAAACCACAUCUUACAAUGCAUAUGAGAACCCACACUGGAGAGAAGCCAUUCGUGUGCAAGGAAUGUUGGGAGAGCAUUUCCGAAAGAUAG